AGGGCGCUAAUGGCCCAGUUCCGGGAACUCACCGAACCGGCUGUCGAGAGCGUAUCUAGCGCGGUUCUUAGAGGGAGACAGACUGACAGCCCAGAAAAGAGUUAGAGCUGUUCCUUGGGAACUCUGCUGCUACAUAUAGGCAAAGCAGCGACUUGGUUCCUUGAACAAUCCAGUGCCGAACGCCUGCUGGUGCCAGUCCCUGAGCUUGGCACUGUGGGGGCCUCUGAAGAUCUAAAGUAGCAUGGAUCUACCUGUGGAUGAGUGGAAAGCAUACGUACUCAGGAAAUGGUCUUUGCUUCCAACGCCCAUUCAGGACACAAUUUCUGCAGCAGAGACUUUGAGUGAUAUCUUCCUUCACUGCUCUUCGCUUUUUCAACCUGAAGAUGAGAUGUUUUUGGAAAGACUUUCUAGAGGUUACUCAUUGGGAAAGGACUCCAACGCUUCCCUUUUCUGCAAAGAAGGAGGAAACAGAAAAUUUCAGGAGAAGGAUUAUAUGGGAGCAGCAGUGUUGUACUCUAAGGGAGUAUCGCAUUCAAGGCCUAACACCGAGGCCAUCUCACUGUGUUAUGCCAAUCGCUCUGCAGCCCUCUUCCACCUGGGCCAGUAUGAGACGUGUCUUGAAGACAUUAUCAGAGCCCAGAGUCAUGGGUAUCCAGAAAGAUUGCAACCCAAGAUGAUGUUGCGUAAGGCAGAGUGUCUGGUGACUCUGGGCAGGCUACAGGAAGCCAGCCAGACCAUCAGUGAUCUUGAAGGUAUCUUCGCUGCCAGACCAACACUAGCAGCUUCCCACUUUCAGGUUCUGCAGAGAAACCUUCAUCAUCUGAAAACAAAAGUACAAGAAAAGGAGAAUAUCUCAGAAACCUUCCCAGCAGCUCCAACCAAAGCGUUCAAGGAUAUGGACCUAAUGGAAGAGAGUGAACAAAUUCCCAGUGCAUCAUCAUCUGUCAGCUUAUGUACAGACCCUUUAAAAGGCCGCUAUCUGAUUGCCACAAAAGAUAUUCUCCCAGGAGAGAUCCUGGUGAAGGAGGACGCUUUUGUGAGUGUCCUUAACCCAGGAGAAAUGCCACAGCUACACCAUGGCCUCGAGAGCAAGUGGGACACCAGAGUUACCAAUGGGGACCUCCACUGUCACCGAUGUUUGAAGCACACUUUGGCCACGGUGCCCUGUGAUCAGUGCAGCUAUGCCAAGUACUGCAGCCAAGAGUGCAUGCAGCAGGCCUGGGAGCUCUACCACAGUGUAGAGUGUCCCCAAGGGGGUCUGCUUCUCACACUGGGUGUCUUUUGUCACAUUGCCCUGAGAGCGACACUUUUAGCUAGAUUUGAAGAUAGUGGUAAAGUCAUAAGGAAGCUUUGUGGUGAGAUUAGUAACAAGGACAUCUGUUUACCUGAAAGUGAGAAUAUGCUCAAAACACUCAGUUGCAACCUGGGGGAGAAUGAGGAAAAUGGUAAAAUUGUUGAGACCCCAAUUCCUGGAUGUGAUAUUAAUGGAAAAUAUGAAAAUAAUUAUAAUGCUGUCUUCAAUCUUUUGCCCCAUACUGAAAACCAUAGCCCAGAGCACAAAUUCCUCUGUGCUCUGAGUGUUGCUGCACUGUGCAGGCAGCUAGAAGCAGCCAGUUUUUGGGCCCUCAAACCAGAUCUGAAGUCCUCUAAGCCAAAAGCAGCAGUGACUCCUGCAUUGUCUCCAGAGUUGAACAUUUGGGGAGUGGUGAUGUUGAGACACGUGUUACAGCUGCAGUGUAAUGCCCAGGCAAUAACUACCAUACAACAGACAGGAUCUAAAGAGAGCAUCAUUACCGACAGCAGGCAAGUACGACUUGCCACAGGCAUCUUCCCUGUCGUCAGCCUCCUGAACCAUUCCUGCAGCCCCAACACCAGUGUGUCCUUCAUUAGCACUGUCGCUACCAUUCGGGCUUCGCAGCAGAUUGGAAAAGGGCAGGAGAUUCUCCACUGCUAUGGGCCUCACGAGAGCCGGAUGGGUGUUGCCGAAAGGCAGCAGAAGCUGAGAUCUCAGUAUUUCUUUGAAUGCAACUGCCCAGCAUGUCAUGAGGAGCCCAGAGCCACUGCAGGGCCCAGGUGGGAAGCAUUCUGUUGUCACAGUUGCAGAGCUGUCAUGCAGGGAGAUGAUGUCCUGAGCUGUGGCAACAGAUCUUGUAUGGAAUCAGUCAGCAGGGGUCACCUAGUCUCUCGGUUACAGGACCUUCAGCAGCAGGUUGGGAUGGCCCAGAAGCUUCUCAGAAAUGGUAAAUUAGAGCAAGCCAUUCAACAGUUGUUGGGAUGCCAGCGUGAUGCUGAGAGUUUCUUGUCAGCAGAACACACCAUGGUAGGAGAAAUAGAGGAUGACCUGGCCCAGGCCUAUGCUGCCUUAGGGGACUGGCAGAAGUCAGCUACCCACCUACAGAAGAGUCUCCGAGUGGUUGAGGUUCGCCAUGGGCCAUCCAGUAUUGAAAUGGGCCAUGAGCUCUUCAAGUUAGCCCAAAUCUUUUUCAAUGGGCGUGCAGUACCCGAAGCUCUGAACACAAUACAAAAGGCAGAAAAGGUUCUGUCGAUUCACUGUGACCCUUGGAGUGACGAGAUUGAGGAGCUACGAAAGAUGCGAUCCUGUUUAUUGAACUUGCCGCCCGUCCCUGUGGGGCCUUCAGGGUAGGAUUCCGAGGGGACUUUGAUGCACAGGGAAGGAUCCCGUAGAAGACGAGUUGACGAGGUUCUGUGCUGCUGAGCUGUUGCCGGGAAAUACAAGACUUGCUCGAAAGCCUGGUUUAUGAGGGGAGGAAGGACUCCGAAAGCACCUCAGUCGGAGAGAGACGUUCACCUAUUUUAAUGAGUGUUUCUUAAAUAGUUAACUGCCCUCCCGUAAAAACUCCCAGUUUCCAGAAAAUAGAUAAAACCAGUAUCUGGAGAGUCCAAAACCUUCAGAGAUUUUAGCUGAUCUGCAGGCAUCUGGGUGUUAGCCUUGGGCUCUGGCUAGAUUCCACCUCACUAAAUGAUGGUAGUCCUUUUUCCUGGAACAUUCCUGUGGUUUCUAGUAGUAAUGAAAUGUUAUAUACCACUCUAGGGGGGACUUAAACUCCUAGUAGUUGUAUUGUAAUUGAAAAAAUAAUUAUAAAGCAAGAAGUAAGUGAGGCUCCUUACCCCUAGAGACACACACACUUUCAGUUACGGUGUCUUGCUUCCUUGAAUCCUUUGUUAACACUGAUGGGUUAUAAAUUGUGAAUAGAGCAAUAAAUAUGAGGCCAUAAAUAUAAUAUAUAAAUAAAUACAAUAUAAAUACAAUAAAUGUGCCCCUUAUUGUUGGGCAGUCUCUUCCUGGGAUAGCCACUCUGUAUUUGUUUUCACCAGUCUUCCAGCCCUGAUUGUCUGGCUUCCGUUCUAUACUCUAGACAGACUCCCUGAUCAAACACUCAUAAAAUCAACCUUGUAGUAAUGACUUUACAACACGUGUGCCUCCUUUCUGAGUUCUUCUAUUUAUUAGCAAGCCUGAAAAGAGAUUUUUUUUUUCCUACCAGACCUCCCCAAGCUGGCAAAUGAAAUGCAAACUGCAUUAAUACUGAGAAAGGGGGAAGAAAACUUCAGAAGAUGCCAAGGAUGUGGGCACUGUGCUUAUGAUUUCAAAUUUAUGAGACAGCAGGUAGGGAUGACAGCUCCCUUCCACCUGGCUGUGUAGUGACUGUCCAGACCCCAUCCCAGUCUGAGGGCAGUGGUGGUUCAGUGGUAGAAUCCUUGCUUUCUAUACAGGAGACUUGGAUUCAGUCCCUGGCCAGUGCACCUCAAGCACAGCCGCCAGCCAUCUGUCCGUGGAAGCUUGUGUGCCGCUAUGAUGUUGAACAGGUUUUAGCAGAGCUGCCAGACUAAGACAGACUAGGAAAAAAGGCCGGGUGAUCUGCUUCCAAAAAUCAGCCAGUCAAAGCCCUAUAGAUCACAGCAGUCCCAUCUUGUUGUGCAUGGGGUCACCAUGAUUUGGAGGCCAACUCAGUGGCAACUAACAACAACAGUAUCUAUCAAACCCCAUCCCAGGUAGAGGCUAGGAGACUCUCUGGGUCAGAGCCCUGAUUGCUGUAUCACUACUGUUGACCAAGUAGUUCAGAUGAACCAGUGGGAAAGAAUGCCAGGUCUAUUCUGCUUUGAGAGCAUGCCAACCCUGGCCAUGCCCAAGAAGUGCCAGUGGGUUGCCAUGGCUUUAUAACCAGCAAAUGAGUAGCCCUGAUGGUGCUUGGCAGUAGCUUUUCGAGAAGCUGAGUAUUUGGAAUGUAACUCUCAAACAGUUGUUGAAUGAAGGGCAAGAUUUCACUUAUCCUUUCUACUAACUCACAACAGAGUUUUUUUGGUCUGUUAACUCAUUCUGGCAAGGCAGUAGCCAGUGAUAUUUUUUUGUAGAGCUUACUUUUUCAAGAAAAAAACAUUUAGUUCUAUGAGCAAUUCUGUAGUAAUUCUCUUCCAAACAAUUGGCAUGUCUCAUGGUUCCCAAAAAAGGCUCUGUGGUACUUUGUAAAAUAGGUAUACUUCCUUAAAAAGAACGUCUUUAGAAUGUUUACAUAUCAGGUCCUCCUUUUUUCAUGCUUAAGAACUUUCUUUAAAUGCUCUAAAAUAUAAUUAUUUCCAAAAGUUAAAGAUUACCUCUCUUAUCUGUCCAUGUGUUAUCCUAUGACUGGGAGAUAACCUGUGCUUGCGUUAAAACCUAAAGUCUAGUUUAUUUAAGAGCGUGCUCCAGUGAUCAUAGCAGAAGAGAUACCUUCCUGGGGUGGGGAGGUAGUGGUCCUGGUACAUGAACACCCGCUAGAGCAGAGAAGCAGUCCCUGCAUUACACAAUGCAGAAAAC